GAGAGAGAGAGAGAGAGAGAGAGAGAGAGAGAGAGAGAGAAGUUUCCUUGGCGCGCGGUCGCCAAUCGUUCACUUCACGCGAUGGCACGCCUGUAUCCGCGUGCAGCGCUGUCGCCCCGCCGCCUUAAAGACAUCUGAGAAUUCCGCCCCCUCCCCAAAAAAGUGUCACCAAUGGCUGAAUUUGGAGAAAACAAGCGCGCCGUCGGCCCACCGGUUGCUGGCUGGAAAGCUGGGUCAGGAGGAGCCGGGUCGAGCCUGGAGACUCACCGAGGAGAGCCGGUGUCAAACGGGAACUGCAGCGUGUCAGACACCGUUAAGAAGGUCCAAAGCGCAUCCAGCUGCGAGUCCCCGACGUGGGAGAGUGCGGGUUCAGAUUCAGCCUCCAAACCAAUCCCUCGACGCAGCAGUCUGAUCAAGGAUGGGUCACGUGCUGGUCGGGAUAGGAAGAAGACGGUGUCCUUCAGCAGCAGCCUGUCAGAGAAGAAGAUCAGCAGUGCUGCAGACUGUAUCCACUCCAUGGUUGAGGGGAGUGAGCUGAAGAAAAUCCGAACCAACUCUCGAGUUUACCAGCGUUACUACCUGCUGGAUGCAGGCCUGCAGGCUCUGUGCUGGGAGCCGUCAAAGAAGGAGUCAGACAAAGCCCGUAUCUCUCUGGCCUCCAUACGAGAGGUACGGACUGGUCGUAACACAGAAACCUUCCGCACCAGCGGGGUUUAUGAUCAGAUUUCAGAAGACUGUGCAUUCUCCAUCAUCUAUGGCGAGAUGUAUGAGAGCUUGGACCUGGUGGCCAACUCUGCUGAAGUGGCUAACAUUUGGGUGACUGGCAUGAGGUAUCUGAUGCAGUAUGGUAAACAUGCCCUGGACAUGCUUGCCAGCAGUCAGGACAGCCUACGCCUGAACUGGCUGGAGCAGCUGUUCUCCUCUGCCGCUGAUUCGGAUGGACAGGAAGACAUCGAGGAAGGGAUCCGCUUGCCGUUGGCCGUUAAGUUGAUACAGAGUGUGAAUCCUGGCGUGGGCAGCAUCAAAGUGGAGCACAGGUUUAAAGAGCUUCAAAGAGUUCGGGAGAAGAUGUGUGGGCUUAAUCUAGAUAAUGAAUCUGGAGUUAAAGAUCACGGCGAGAACAAAAGGCUAACAGGAAGAAAUGAUCGAGUCACCAGACAGGAGUUCAUCGAGGUCUUCCAUGACUUUUGCACACGUCCGGAGAUCUACUUUCUAUUGGUGCAGUUCUCGAGCAACAAGGAGUUCCUGGACACCAAAGACCUGAUGAGAUUCCUUGAGGCUGAGCAAGGCAUGGCUCACGUGAGUGAGGAGACCAGCCUGAAGCUCAUCCAGUCCCACGAGCCAUCGGAGGAGGGCCGGCAGCAGGGAUACCUGUCACUGGAUGGCUUCACCAGCUACCUCACCUCGGCUGAGUGCCACCUCUUUGACAGGGAGCACGACAUUGUGUGCCAGGACAUGUCCCAGCCUUUGUCCCACUACUACAUCAACUCCUCCCACAACACCUACCUCAUCGAGGACCAGUUUCGAGGUCCGUCCGACAUCUCCGGCUACAUUCGCGCGCUCAAGAUGGGCUGUCGAUGUGUGGAAGUGGACAUUUGGGACGGGCCCGGUGAGGAGCCGGUGGUGUGUACUGGACACACCCUGUCCCCACCACUGGCCCUGCAUUGUGUGUUAGAAGCAAUUGGAAGGUUUGCGUUUGUGGCCUCGCAGUACCCUUUAAUUGUAUGUAUCGAGAACCACUGUUCACUUCAACAGCAGAAAGUGAUGUGGCAACAACUCAUGAGGAUACUAGGGGAUCAGUUGUACACAGAUUCCCCAUACGAAGAGGACUCAUACCUGCCAUCGCCGCAUGACUUGAGGCAUCGAAUUCUACUAAAGGGCAAAAAGUGGGGGCCAGGUCCUGAGGGGGAAGACGGAGAGGUAAGUGAGGAGGAUGAAGGGGCCGAGAUGUGUCAAAGAAUGAAAGCUGCUAACAGUGGAGCGGCAGCUCCUGGAGGAAAUGAGAAAGACACGGUGCAGAAAAGUGUCUCUUUCACAGCUACCACUCAGUCCAGUCCGCUUCAGCUUCAUCCCAAACGUUUCCAGCUCUUGAAGGAACUCUCUGACCUAGUAACUCUUUGUCGCUCAAUCUGCUUCAUUGACUUCCCAACAUCAUCCAAAUGCCAAAAACCUUGGGAGCUGUGUUCCUUUCAUGAGUCUCUGGCCGUGCGCCUCGCCGGUGAGAGCCCUGGCGACUUUGUCAAUCACAACAAGCAUUUCCUGUCACGGGUGUACCCCAGCCCCAUGCGUAUAGAUUCGAGCAACAUGAACCCUCAGGACCUGUGGAAGUGUGGGUGCCAGAUCGUGUCUAUGAAUUUUCAGACAGCAGGACUGAUGAUGGACCUGAACACAGCCUGGUUCAGGCAGAACGGGAGCUGUGGCUACGUUCUGCGGCCAGCCAUCAUGCGACAGGAGGUGUCUUAUUUCAGUGCAGACACCAGAGACACCGUGCCUGGUGUGUCUCCACAGCUGCUCCAUGUGAAGGUGAUAAGCGGCCAGAACCUGCCCAAGCCAAGGGGUGCGGGGGCCAAAGGAGACGUAGUAGACCCCUAUGUGUAUGUUGAGAUCCACGGCAUCCCAGCCGACUGCACAGAGCGCCGUACCAGGACGGUGAUGCAAAAUGGGGACAACCCCGUCUUCGAUGAGAGCUUUGAGUUCCAGAUCAACCUGCCGGAGCUCGCCAUGGUCCGCUUUGUGGUGCUGGAUGACGAUUUCAUAGGGGAUGAGUUCAUAGGUCAGUACACCAUCCCUCUGGAGUGUCUUCAACCAGGCUACCGACAUGUACCCCUCCAGUCUCUGACCGGAGAGGAGCUUCUCCACGCCAAGCUGUUUGUCCAUGUGGCCCUCACUAACCGGAGAGGAGGGGGAAAGCCUCACAAAAGGGGACUGUCUGUACGGAAGGCCCGCAAGGGGAGAGACUACACAGCUCUGAGGGACUUGGGGGUCCGGGCUGUGGAUGAAGUUUUCAAGAUGGCUGCUCCUCCACUGAGAGAAGCCACUGACCUGAGGGAAAACAUGCAGAACUCAGUAGCAGUGUUCAGGGAGCUGUGUGGGGUGUCGGCGGUGGCUAACCUCAUGCAGUGUGUGCUAGCUCUGGGCUCCAGGGUGUCAGGACCAGACGGGGCGCCUUUAUUACUGUUUGACCUGCGGGACCACUACCCCUCACUGGAGCCCCAGGGACCCCUGCCCGACGUCCUUCGCCGGGUCGUCUCCACCUAUGAAAUGAUGGUCCAGGCAAGCAGAGCAGUGACUGAGCUCUCCGAUGGAAUCUACGACCGGAUCCUGCAUAUACAGACGAUGGCCAUGGAGUUUCAUGAGAAGCUGCAGAGUCUGGCGGCGAAGGAGGGGCUGAGGGGCCGCAAGGUCAGUCGGGCGCUGGAGAGUUUCAGCUGGAACAUCACCAUCCUUAAGGGUCAAGCUGACCUGCUGAAACACGCCAAAGCUGAAGUCCAGGAAAACAUGAAGCAGGUCCAUGAUGCCGCUUUGACCGGAAACCUCACCAAGGAGAGACUAGGGGUGAGAAGAGUCCGCUCCCAAACACGGCGAGGCCAGGAUGACGCCACCAGUGCUCGAGGACCGUCUGCUUAACGAGCAAACAGAAGAGGACGUGACCAAAUUGCCAUCGUAGCUGCUGUGACAAACCCUUUCCAUGCUAUUAAAAUUGUUCCAAGGUCUUACUCCGCCUUAGUGUCAAACUUUCACAAUGCUAUGGGACAGCUGUGUGUUUUGAAAUAAGAAGAACAAAAGAGUUGAUGAAUGUAAAAGUCUUCAAGAUGCAGCCACCGUCCACCCACCUGUCGCAGAAAACAUUCGAGAGCUGCACCACUGCUCAGAGGAGACGGGAGAUAAAUGACACUGGGGAGAUGAAUGUAGUUAUAUUUAAAGCCAAGGUUGAGUUUUUUUGUGCUGCAUUUAACUGUAAAUACAAAAAAUGUCUAUCACCUUCUUAUGUGCAAUGUGUCUCGAAGAAGGAAUUUGUCGUUUUUCUAGCACCGUGUUUUGAUCUCAGCCAAAAGAUGUUAAAAAAUCUUUGAAAAACUUUUUGAAAAACUGCCACCUCCACAUGUUAGAAGCUUGUACUUCAUGAAGCUACUAUCUAGCAAUAUUAAGUAAGGACUCAAGCCAAGAUUGUGUUAAAUGAAACACACUUUCUUGAUUAGACUUAUAGAUUAGCAGGAGUUUGUGGAUGUUUAAGGUAUUUUAACAUUAUAUCUCCUGGACCUGUGCAGCCCCUUUAUGUCACUCUCCAUUAAGCAUUUUUCCUGGAUAAGUCCUGGAUCGCUGCUUUUCAUCCAAUCACCUUGAGGUCCUUUGUCUUGCCACAAACUCCCCCACUUCACACUCUUAAUAUUGUUGUCCCACAUACAGUAUUCUAUAUUUUUGUAUUUUCCUGAAGCCCUCGUGCCAAUUAAACCACCGUUACCCGCCAUAAUGAUCAACCUUAGACCUGUAAAUGUCUGCCUAUUGGGAACAAAUACUCUUGUGUUCAAAGUGCUUACUUUGUGUGCAAAAUACUGUACAGUAUUUUACUAUGUAAUUUCAAUCCUUUUGCUGUAAAGAAUAUUUUACAUAAGUUAUUGAUCCUGAAUGAAAACAUUCCAGUUAUCGGUGCAGUAGAUGAUGCUCGACCUGUUCAGCUCUCUUCAUGAUUACCUUCCUUCACAGUUGGGAUGGAAAUAAACUAGUUUUUAAAUGAC